AUGUUUACAAAAUAUUUUGGCAGGGGAUACAGCGUUGCGAGGAAUACUCUACAAUUUGCAUAUACUCAAAUAACUCAAUCACCAGAUGAUCAGCCUGCAGAAAUAAAUCGUGAGACUGAGCACCAAGAUAACGACUUUGAACGCGGCUCUGUGGAUUCCAAUUCGCAGGCAGACAGCGUGACCCACACUAUCAGAGCUGGUAAUCGAAAGAACUUGCGCGCGAACCCACAGAUAGAGUCGGGUCCAAGUGCGAUGCCUGGCGAGACGAAUGACGUAGAAUACACUUAUAGACCCCAAUUUGCGAUAAACGAGUCCGAAGAGCUUGUCAAUGUCAAGUACACCACCCUUAUCUGGCUACAUAUCGUAACUCCAAUAUCCCUGCUCGUGCAUUUCUCAAUAUUGGCUGGUAUCAUAUUACAUGCCUUUCCGACACAUUUCAACCCCUUCAUACCCAUCUUCAUUGGUGUCAGCGCUUGGAUUGUUGCACAAUCGCUGAAGCAGCCAAUCUACCAAUUUGUGGCGGCAGUUUCAAAUUCAAGAAAGCUGCAAAACUCAAUUAAUACUGUCAUUCACACUUUUGCGUUGGAUUUGGUUCGCUGGCAAUCCCUUCUUAUCGCCGUUCCUGAUAUAAGGGAAAAUAGGGGUAAUCAUUCCAGCAGCUCAUUCACAAGCCUCUCAUGGUUUACGUUCGGAUGGAUCGCAGUCUCGCUCACGUUUUCAACAUUUCAAGAAUUUAAGAAUCUCGCCUUGUAUAAGGAUUUGCUGCCUAUUCAGAAGCCGUUGCUGCCAAUGGUAGACAACGAGAGUGAAUACAGCACCGAGACGGCUUCAUCCGCUACUCAAGAGCCUGAUGACCUUGAGCACCAAUUAAUCACACUUCAUAGCAUGCGUGACAGGUGCACUUUAAGCGCUACAUACGGACAACCAUUUCCAAACAUUCCCCUUCCAGGUUUUCUUUUCCCAUUGUGGAGACUGGACACCCUGUUACUCGGUAGUGGCGUAACGCUCAUUCUCGGUGCGCGCCCCAAUUGGAUAACCUACUUAACCGUUGCUUUGAUCAAUACAGUUCAUUCUUUCAUCUGGCAGUUACUCCUACCUAAAUUUGGACUGGGUGGACUGACGUGGAUUAGUUUCAUGUUUGCGACUAUUAUCUUCUUCAUAGGUUUGGAUCAAUUUGGAAUUGUUUAG